UUAGAUUUUUUUUGCACAUUAUGAGGAAGUAAAAUACAUCAAAAUAUCUCUGGAAAAAGUUAUCUUAAUUUUAUAUUCCUGAUCCAAUUUGAAUGGAAAUGAAGAAUGACUAUUUUUAUUCUUUUAGAUUCAGGACUUCAAAAUUUGUAAAAUUAAAUGUUUUAGAUUUUUUUUUCACUCCCACGAUCUUUGAUUAUAUUUUCCAGUCACAUUUUAUAGUCACUAUAUAGGUAUAAUACGUGGGCUCCACAAUUUACUAAAACACUGUACUGUGCAAGCAAAAAAAAUAAAUAAAAUAAAAUAAAUAAAUAAAUACAUUUGCAUUUUUGGUGCUCCUGGGCUUCCGUACUAUGCUGUAGGAAGUAAGAGAACUAUUUAUGCUUACUUCAUUCAGCAUGUCCGAUUACUGUUUGAGCUUGUCGUCUUGUAUGAUCAGUUAAACCGGAAGCACGGCGGUGUGUCAUUUGGGUCAGUCGCUGCUAUAAAACCAGAUGCUAGCGCACGUGCCGUUCGAAAGUCCAGCGACAAGACGAAACGUAGGACGUUUUGCCUGCAUUCACUUGGUUUGGAAACGUAAACAAUGACCGCUGUCUCCCUCUCCCGAUCGAUAUUUGAUUUAUUUCCGAACGAUGAGGCUUUUGAGCUAAAGGAGGUGAGCUCCCUUCCUCUCAAGGAGGAUGGGAACUCCAAACCUGCUCCAGAUUGUCUGCAAGAUGACAGUAGAGAGGAUGACAGAAGGGCAGAGAACAAUCUUCCUCGAGAGGUUUCAGACAAGAUGGUCUGCUCAGCCUGCAAGUGUUCCUUUAACACUAAAGAGGAACAGAGGGAGCACUACAAACUGGACUGGCAUCGAUUCAACUUGAGACAAAAAAUAGCCGGGUUGCCUCCUCUCAACGCAGAGGAGUUUGAAAAGAAGACUGGAGCUGGAGACUUGUCGAGUAUUUCAGGCUCCGAGUCUGAUUCAGAAGACGAGGGCUCGGACAGUAAGGAUGGGGUGAUCAGUGACUUCCCUGGCACGGACCACGAGAGCUCUGUUUCGUCCCACUCCAUCACUGGCAGGCUCGCUAGCAAAGUUGUUUUGCAGAACUCUGCAGGGGAAUAUCUGUCCGUGUACCGCUGUGUAUUGCAGGGAAAGAUUGAAGAUGAGAAUGAUGCUGUGUCCUCUCUGAGGGCGAUAAAUAAAGGGACCGUGUGGGUCAUCCUAAUGACAGGAGGAGGCCACUUUGCUGGUGCGGUUUUCGAAGGGCAAAAAGUCCUCCAGCACAAGACUUUCCACAGAUAUACAGUGCGAGCAAAAAGAGGAACAGCUCAGGGCCUGCGUGAUUCUCAGAACCGCAGUCAUGCACCGAAGUCUGCUGGAGCUGCUCUGAGGCGGUACAACGAAGCGGCGCUUGUGAAGCCCGACAAGGACACUAGAAACGUCUUUCGUAAAUACAUGGGCGAGAAUCCCGACAAGUAUGACUACAGAAAGGCCCAGGUCCCAGGCCCGCUGACGGCUGAGACGGAAUCCAAAAAGGCAGAGAAGAAAAAAGCUCAGAAGGCUCAGAAGAAACAGCGAGAGAAAGAACAAAAGGAGGUGAGGAAAAAGCAGGAGCAGGAGGAGGAAGAAAAGAGGAAAUUUGCAUCGCUGACAGAUCGUGAAAAGAGAGCUCUGGCAGCAGAGAGGAGGUUAGCAGAGCAAGCAGCUGCAGCAGGAGGAGGCAUCUCUAACGUCAAAAGGUGCUGGUCGUGUGGCGAAUCCUUGCUCGGAAAGGUCCCAUUUCACUACCAAGAGUUUGCAUUCUGCACUCCGCGCUGUCUGCAAGCCCAUCGAAAAGCAAACGUUCCUCCAGGAAAGAGCUAGCACCAAAAGCUGUCUUCCCCGAGAAACCCUUUCAAUAAGUCCAUGGUGCUCAGACUGGUAUUUUUACAUUU